AUGGAAGACUUUGGCAAGUGGUUCUUCGGCGAGUCCUCGAACCUGACUGGCUCGUGCUUGUCGAGGGCGGCAGCCUUCUUUGCAGAAGGCCAGGGCAUGAGAUUCCGAAUGGAACUUCAGAUUCUCGCCCUUCACCGGAGGGAAACGCGACGAGACGCUCUUCGUUUCCUUGUCGCGCACCAAGAAUAUCACCCGAAAUUGGGGCCGAUGCUGUGGAACACCUGCAAUACCGUGUUCGUGCUUCUUCAGGAAGUCUUUUCUGCAUUUCCCAUGCUGAAAGUGCAGUCUGUCACCAUGGCGGCCGCGGAGCGAGCUUCCAAUGCUCUCAUCCUUAUAAAGUGCGCAGCUUCUCAUCGUGAUGCCAAAAGGUUGCUGGUCAAUGCUGAAAUCCAAGAGUAUCUGUAUGCUAUAUUGAAAACCACACACAGGGAUGAGCCUCAUGAUAGACUGAAGCUGCGAAGCUUGGAGGUCAUCAAUAAGUUGUUAGAGGAGGGGGAUGAAGAGACUGUUCUGGCGCUUGCUGAAGCUCGCAUGGUGCUGUACUGUCUUCGUGCCAUCCUGGCGAGCCCCAUAUCUGCAAAGGAGGUCGCUGCUCUCGUUCUCCAAAGGAUCUUGAUGAAUGAAUCGGGGAUGAAGUGCUGUUGUAGGCCUAUUUGCCAAUUCAUAAUGAUAGCCCGUGCUCUGACGUUCACAGUUGAAGAGCGUAGUAUUGUGCUUUCUAGACAGCUGCUAAGACGCAUUGCCGCUUGUUUCUUGUGCCUCUCGAAGCACCCAAGGGCACUGGAGGUUCUACAUGAUUGUCUUCCCAUGAGACUAGGAGAUCCCUAUAUAUCCAACCUUAUUCAAGCAGAACCAAUAGCCUGGGAAAUAUUAAGAGAGGCAGCUGCCAAUCUCACCGGUGGCAGACGUGGACAUCGCCAUGUGGAACCGCGAGUUCUGCGAUUUGGGCCAAUAGGUAAACCGCCUGGAACGUGGGUGAACUGA